AUGGCAGACCUGUUCCUUCCUCCGAUGACUCCGUGCACACCUGAUCCUGGUGGUCGAAGUUCUAUAUCACAACAGCAUAAUUUUACCAUACCUAACCGAGAACUGACACUCCAGACUCCUGCACCACCAAGAACGAAUCCGGAUGAAGAUCCUACUUUGACUUGGGUUCGAUCUCUACCUUCACCUUUCAGCCCAUUUGACGAAUUUGGUGAAGUAGCAUCAUUUUCACAGGACUGCACUUUUGCUCUGGCAGAUCACAACGAAACUAAAGAAGAAAGCCCGUUGUCUAAAGAGAGAGAUGUGUCAGAUAAAGAUAAGCCCGCGAAUGUCGUGUGUGAGACUAUGAAGAAAAGAAAAGAAAAUUCAUUUUCAACUUCUCAUGCGGUUUUAGUAGAAGACAAUAUAACAGACAAAGCAAAUCUUAAAGUUUAUCAAAUUGGAAAGCAAAAUCCAAAUUUUCAUUCCGUACCCAAAAUUGAAUACGGUUCGACAUCACCGUCGCAGACACCAAGCAUAGUUAUAGAUCUCACAGAAGACGGCAGCGGCAAAGAAGCUCCAAUUAAAAAAAUUUCUGCUGAAAGAGCUGCAAUCAGAGAAGUUUUAUCUCCGUCAAGGAAUUCUCGAAAAAGAGCGCUGGAGACAGCUUCGCCGAGCGCUCAUGACUCUGUGAAGAAACGAAUUAUUGGGACGACACCUAGUGGCAAUGUUAUAGAAGUUAGGGAAACAUUUACUCCAAACGAAAGAGCUUCCUCUGUUGAAAGUUAUUGCAGUACAUCAUCUGAUAUGGUAUUAUCACCUUCUGUAUGUCUUCCUAAUCAUCGUAUGAUGAGAGAUAUUGUACGAAGAUAUUUAAAAAGAAGAGAUGAAAUGAGAAUAAUUAUUCUUCAUGCAAAAGUUGUCCAGAAAUCUUACGGAUCUGAAAAAAGAUUUUUUUGUCCUCCACCAUGCAUUCGUUUAUUUGGAAGUGGUUGGAAAACCAAACAGAGGAGAAAAAUAUCAUCAUCUGCUUCGUCGUCAUCACCAAUGCCAUCACCUGCUGCAAUAGGUUCGCCAGCGCCAUCUACCGUCACUAAAGCAUCUGAUGUUUGUGCUUUCAUAGGAGUAGGAGGCGGAGACUUGCAACAACUUCACUUGGACACAACAAAGAAUUAUGCCGCAGCAAGAAACCUUCACACACCUGAUUCAGACAAAAGAAAACACUUUCAACUUCACGUUAAAAUGUUUUAUGGAGAUGGAUCUGAAAUUGGUAGAUUUCUCUCGCAACGAAUAAAAGUUAUUUCUAAGCCAAGCAAGAAAAAACAGAGCGUCAAAAAUCCGGAAUUAUGCAUUGCAUCUGGAACAAAAGUUUCGUUCUUCAAUCGCUUGCGAUCUCAAACAGUUUCAACUCGAUAUCUAUUUGCAACAAGACGAGGAUAUUGCGCAAGUUCAACACAGUGGGGAGCAUUUUCAAUAUACCUAGCAAAAGAAGACGAAGAUGAUAAAAAUAAAUUUGAAUCAUUAGACGGAUAUAUUCAUUACGGAAAUCCUGUAAAACUAGUUUGUUCCGUCACCGGGAUUGCACUGCCGAGAAUAGUAAUAAGAAAGGUCGACAAGCAAGAUGCAAUUAUUGAUACGGAUGAACCGAUAUCACAGCUUCAUAGAUGUGCAAUGUUUCUACAUAACACAAAACGGCAAUAUUUAUGUCUCUCUCAGGAUAAAGUCAUCGCUCAUACAGCAACACCGAACUCUCGCAAUGGCAAUAUGGAUAGACUGAAUGAUGGCUCUUGCUGGACUAUAAUCUCUACUGAGAAGGCCGAGUAUUGUUGGAGCGAUAGUGCUUUACAUAUUACAAAUAGCAUUGGAGUAACCCCCGUUCCCGUAGUGCAUUCUUUGCAGAUUAACGGCGGGGGAGAAAUGGCAAUGGUUGAAUUAAUCGGUGAAAAUUUUACUCCAAAUUUGACGCUAUGGUUUGCGACGGUGGAGGCGAAUACAAUGUACAGGUGUGAAGAAUGUCUAAUCUGCGUCGUACCCGAGAUCGAUAAAAUAAAGCCGGAUUGGAGAUAUGUGAAGGAACCUAUCAAGGUUCCGCUUGUUCUUACACGUGAUGAUGGUCUUUUAUAUCCAACACAUAUUGAUUUCUAUUAUACGCCAGAGCCUGGUCCAAAAGACAAUCCAAAUCCAACUAUAAGGGAAAUAUUACGAAGUAAGAAAUUCAUUAACGGUUUAUAA